UUCCAAAAAAUAAUAAUAAUAAUGCAAAUAUUCAAAUAUUAUAUGUUCAUUUUAUACAAGUUAGUUCCAGUCCACUAAUUUGUUUGGUCGAGUGGCAUUCUAAGAGUGCGUAUAUUUCCUAUAACCGCACUGGGACGUUUCACUCUGUGUGUGACUCUGUUCAUCUGUGUUUGCAAUGUAUAUUUCCACUUAAUAGUUUGAAACGGUUGCUAUAGUUGUGUUCCUGACAUCAUCAGCAGACAUGGCAAACAAUCAUUUUAAGGAAUAUAGCUUUUGACUUUAAAUAUGAAAACUUGUCAGAUGAAGAUAAAAAGGAAGAAGGGAAACUAAUUGUACAGGCAGAACCUUUAACAGAAAUAUACAGGUCAUUGUGUGCUAGCUAGCCAGCUUUCUAACGUUCUAUAAAGUGAGUGCAACUUCUUCAGGAUCAAUUUCCGUUAGCGGAGCAAAAAUAAACAGAACAUUUGGCCACAUUGUGUCCGAAAUGGCUCUGCUUCAUGGACCCCUUGGGACCCCCGGACUGGACAUUCACUCUUAAAAAUAAAGGUUCCAAUUAGAACCUGUCGUGGAAAUUAGACAACACUUCCAGACUCGUCCUCUGAAGUUUUGAAGCUGUGAUCUAAGAAACACCAAUAUCUCUGCCAUCGCAGAGGCGAAGUUCCUCGACCUUCUUAUAAAAAAAUCACUCCAUGUAAUACUUCUCUCAAGGACAAACCGCCUUCGCGUCAACACAGACUUCAGGGUGAAACUUUUCUUCGAGCGUCCUCCAGUUUGCUUGUUGUCCAGAAAAACUGAAAAGACUCGCGCAGCCCAGCCAGGGAUGCCAAAUUGUCGUGGAAAUUAGACAACACUCGCAGACUCGUCCUCUGAAGUGCCGAUGUUCAGGGAUCAGCAUCUGAUUUGUCACUGGCGUCAGGUUGGCUAGUGUGACAGUAGGUGAUCAUCAGAGCAGAGAUUAGCGUACCACCUUCCUGAGAGCUCAGGCUUUGGAGAACCUAAACGCAGGCACUUUGCAGCACAGUCCUCUCCUCUCCAUCAAGCAUGGAGCAGGGAGAGAGCUCCCAACGCCAGGGUGAUGGAAACCCCAAGGAAAGCAGUCCCUUCAUCAACUCAGACACUGACAGGGGCAGCCUCUAUGAUGGCAAAAACAUGGCACUGUUCGAGGAAGAGAUGGACAGCAACCCAAUGGUGUCAUCGCUUCUCAGCAAACUGGCCAAUUACACCAACCUUACACAGGGGGUUCGGGAGCAUGAGGAGGCAGAUGAGGAGGAGGGAGCAAAGAAGAAAACUGUCAAAACGAGUCCACAGAUGGGGACAUUCAUGGGCGUCUACCUGCCCUGCCUUCAGAAUAUCCUGGGGGUCAUCCUGUUUCUGCGAAUGACCUGGAUUGUGGGAACUGCAGGCAUUCUGGAGGCCUUUAUCAUCGUAUUCAUGUGCUGCUGUUGUACAAUGCUCACAGCCAUAUCUAUGAGUGCCAUUGCUACAAAUGGAGUAGUUCCAGCUGGCGGAUCCUAUUACAUGAUCUCUAGGUCUCUGGGCCCAGAGUUCGGAGGAGCUGUAGGACUGUGUUUCUAUUUGGGUACCACUUUUGCUGGAGCCAUGUACAUCCUUGGUACUAUUGAGAUUCUUCUGGCCUACAUAGUGCCCAGUGCUGCCAUCUUUAAGGCAGAAGAGAAAGAGUUUGAAGCAGAGGCCAUGCUGAACAACAUGAGAGUGUACGGCACCUGCUGCCUAGCCCUGAUGGCAAUAGUGGUGUUUGUGGGAGUGAAGUAUGUCAAUAAGCUAGCACUGGUCUUCCUGGCCUGCGUCGUCCUCUCUAUUCUGGCCAUCUAUGCUGGAGUCAUCAAGACCAUCUUCGAGCCACCGGUCUUUCCGGUCUGCUUGCUGGGAAACCGCACACUCCAAAACCAAGACUUUGACAAGUGCUUAAAAACUGAGAUCAUCGACAACGUCACCGUGACCACAAAGCUGUGGUCUCUGUUCUGUGACUCCUCUAAUUUCAAUGCCACCUGCGACGAGUAUUUCAGUAAAAAUAACGUCACAGAAGUGCAGGGCAUUCCUGGCCUCACCAGCGGUGUCAUCUCAGAGAACAUGUGGUCGAGCUACGGCCCUGCUGGAAUGCUGGUGGAGAAAAAGUUUGAGUCAGUGGCAGUGUCUGAAUCCACUCAGAGCACCUCCUUUCCCUAUGUACUCAACGACAUAGCCACCUACUUCACUCUGCUAGUGGGCAUCUAUUUUCCUUCAGUCACUGGUAUCAUGGCUGGAUCCAACCGCUCUGGAGAUCUGCGGGAUGCACAGCGGUCCAUUCCCAUAGGAACCAUUCUCGCCAUAGCAACUACCACCUUCAUCUACCUCUCUUGUGUGGUGCUCUUUGGUGCCUGCAUUGAAGGAGUGGUCCUCCGAGACAAGUUCGGAGACUCCGUGAAGAAGAACUUAGUGAUUGGUACUUUAUCAUGGCCCUCUCCAUGGGUGAUUGUGAUUGGCUCGUUCUUCUCCUGCUGCGGGGCCGGUCUGCAGAGCCUCACCGGCGCCCCUCGGCUGCUGCAGGCCAUCGCCCGAGAUGGCAUUGUGCCUUUCUUGGAGGUGUUUGGGCAUGGAAAAGCGAAUGGAGAACCUACAUGGGCCCUGCUGCUUACUGCUGGUAUCUGUGAAAUCGGCAUUCUCAUCGCCUCACUGGAUGCUGUGGCUCCCAUCCUGUCCAUGUUCUUCUUGAUGUGUUAUCUGUUUGUGAACCUGGCCUGUGCUCUACAGACCCUCCUGCGCACCCCUAACUGGCGACCUCGCUUUAAGUACUAUCACUGGACACUGUCGUUCCUAGGAAUGAGCCUGUGUCUUGCCCUGAUGUUUAUUUCCUCUUGGUACUAUGCCCUGGUGGCCAUGGUCAUCGCUGGCUGUAUCUACAAAUACAUCGAAUACAGAGGAGCUGAGAAAGAGUGGGGCGAUGGCAUCCGUGGACUGUCGCUCAACGCGGCUCGUUAUGCUCUCAUUCGUCUGGAGGAAGCACCACCACACACUAAAAACUGGAGACCUCAGCUGUUGGUGCUGCUGAAACUAGACUCGGAGUUUAAAGUGAAGCACCCUCGUCUCCUGUCCCUCACCACACAGCUGAAGGCAGGUAAAGGGCUCACCAUUGUGGGUUCUGUGCUGGAAGGUACAUACCUCACCAAGGAUACCGAAGCCAAGAAUGCUGAACAAAACAUCAAACUAGCCAUGGGUGCAGAAAAGACCAAGGGCUUCUGUCAUGUGGUGGUGACGUCCAACCUGCGUGAUGGCAUUUCGCACCUUGUCCAGUCAGCUGGACUCGGGGGCAUGAAACACAACACAGUGCUGAUGGCAUGGCCAAACUCCUGGAAACAGUCCAACGACCCUCUCUCAUGGAAGAACUUUAUCGAGACUGUGCGAGAGACCACAGCGGCUCAUCAGGCUUUGUUGGUAGCUAAGAAUGUGGACAACUUCCCUCAGCAGGAGCGGCUACGAGAAGGCACCAUAGAUGUUUGGUGGGUGGUUCACGAUGGUGGAAUGCUUAUGCUGCUGCCUUUCCUGCUCCGCCAGCACAAGGUGUGGAGGAAGUGCAAGAUGCGUAUCUUCACCGUAGCUCAGAUGGAUGAUAACAGUAUCCAGAUGAAGAAAGACCUUCAGAUGUUCUUGUAUCACCUUCGGCUGGAUGCUGAGGUUGAGGUUGUUGAAAUGCACGAUAGUGAUAUCUCGGCUUUCACCUAUGAGAAGACCCUUGUUAUGGAGCAGCGCUCCCAGAUGCUGAAGCAGAUGCAUCUCUCCCGGACUGAGAGGGAGAGAGAGAUUCAGAGCAUCACUGACGAAUCUCGUAGCUCCAUUCGGAGGAAGAACCGCACUCGGGCUCAGAGCUCGGGCUCAAGUAACCAAGGUGCUGCCCUGGAGGACGAAAUGGAGAACGAGGCACAGCUAAUUCAUGAUAAGAACACGGCGUCCCAUGCUGCUAUCAAUGACAAAGCUGAGGCCACUCCGGACCGGGUUCACAUGACCUGGACCAAAGAGAAGUUCUCCACUGAACGCACUCGUAACCGGGAGCAAAACGCCAGCAUGUGUGUACGGGAUAUUUUCAACAUGAAACCAGAAUGGGAGAGUCUCAACCAGUCGAAUGUGAGGCGCAUGCACACAGCCGUGAAGCUGAAUGAAGUGGUGUUGAAUAAGUCGCAGGACGCUCAGCUGGUCCUCCUCAAUAUGCCUGGGCCACCCAAGAACCGUGGAGGAGAUGAAAACUACAUGGAGUUCCUUGAGGUUUUGUUAGAAGGUCUUAACCGGGUCCUGUUGGUUCGUGGUGGUGGGCGAGAGGUUAUCACCAUCUACUCAUAACUCCCUUGCUGUCCCAGCUGCAUUUGAAUAGCACUGAUGAUGAAGCUGGGAUUUGGAUCGUGGCAUUAUCGAGGACUGGUGUUUCUGAAGAGACUGUGCAAUUUUGGCCUUGGUUGAAAAAGAAGGCAGAGGAUCCCCUUUGGCAGGAAAACAUGUAACCAGGCAAGACAUAUAACCACGAAAGGCCAAACAAGGACAGACAAACACACCAAAACUAAUGGCACUCGUUGACUUUCUAUGUUCGUUUCAUUUUGUGAUUUGUCCCUUGCCCUCUACCAUCCAUGUCUGUUCGUGUUCAGUGAAGGAAAUGAAAUGAAAAGAAAUGUAAUAUCAGUAAAUGCUGUAUGUGCUGAUUGUUAGCGUUUUCUGAAGAAAUCAAUUCCUCUAUCCAAGGUUCACUUGAGUUUGUUAAAACAGUCAUAAGCAUAAUCAAAUUGCUAUGCAGUUUUCUGUAGGUAUUACAGAGUUUUCAGUGGGACAGGUAGGAUUAGAUUUACUGUUACUCUCAAUGUGCUGUUUGUGACGAGGGCCGUGAUAAAACACUUCAGCGUGGUGACACUGCUCACCACAGCAGCACUACAUGUAGUACUGAGAAGGCCAGGCUAGCUGUUCCACUACAGUUUUUUUUUUUUUUGUGUUUUUAGCGUCAGUGUACACUCUUAAAAACAAAAGAAGAGGCUCUUUAGAGCAAUGCCAUUGAAGGAUUACUACAUUUCAGCCUAUUCUUUAACCAUUUUUUUGUUGCUGUUGACACUGAAUAAUAAUAAUAAUAAUAAUAAUAAUGAUAAUAAUAAUAAUAAUAAUAAUAAUAAUAAUUUUCAACUAUGAAGAUGCUUUAAUAUUAUUUAUGGUGGUAUUUUUUCUCUCGGUCAACAAAAAUGGUUAAAAAUCCAUCCAUUUUCUUCCUAUGGCAUCAUUCUUAUUAGCCUUUUGUCACUUUUAAGUUUCUUAGUGUAUAUAGUCAAAUCGUCAUAGUUCAGUAUAUAUAUUGUAGUUUUAUAUUGCUUUUUUUUUUUUUUAAAUAUUGUUUGAUUUUCUUCACCAGGAAAAUCUUCAUGAUCUGUAUCAAAAGUUGUGAUCUACACCAAGUUUAGAAAUGUUAUGUUCAUUUUUAUCUAGCGAGUAUUUAUUUGUGUUUUAAAUGUGUAUAAUGUUUGACCAAAUGUGUACAUGUUAUUUUAGCAAACAUUAUUUACGUGGAUACUAGGGAUGUCACAAUACCAAAAAUCUAGUAGUCGGUACUGAUACCACCAAAAGUACACGAUACUCGAUACCAAAGUUGAUACCAAAGUCGAUACCACGUGUGGUAUAAAAAUAAAAUUUUAAAAAAUAAAAUAAAAAACUCUCCUUGAGGACAUCCUCCUCUGGCUGAUACUGGCAGAGAGAGUGAGAGGGGGAGAGAGGGGGGAGGGUAUUUUAGUUAUCAAACACUGUCUGACAAUGAGUCUCCGGAGGUGCACUCCUAAACACACACCUUAUACUAGGAAUGCAAGCGUUAGUUUAAAUUCACUCAUCUGGUGGCAGGCCAAAACGAUUUAUUAAAAGCAUGAACAUUUGAAUAAUUAUUAGUGACAGUAGCUACAUUUAGCUGACAGGACACGGGCUGAAUGGCGAUGCAUGGUGGCCCAUUCGGAGGUAGUUUAUAACAUUGCAAUGUGUUAGCGUCGUUAACAAAUAACUGGCUAUCGGAAACGUUACAUGGAGCAUAACGUUAGCUGGUUUCACGGCUACAAUGCAGCUGCCUCAAACAAACAUAAUACAGGGACCGUCUUUCAGGUGCUUCGGCAAAUUCCAGGUGUGUCCUCACUUUGUUUGAAAUGAACGAUAGCAUCGGUUGCACACCAGAAACCGAUACUAGCUUUCCUCUCUUUUCCUCUCAACGAGUCAGGGCGGAGAUAAACUUGUUAAGCUAAGUUAAACUUCUGUAGUUUUUCCCGUGUGCUUAUAGGCAUUGUUCUUCUUCUUCACCACCUGUGGACCGACUACAACACUUGCGCAUAUUUGCUGUCCCCAUCAGGUAGGGAAGAAUCGCAACCUCGGUACUUUCGUUACAAACGGUACUAAUGUUACUGCAGAAAAACAAGUACCGUCACGUUUUAAGUAUGUUGGUACCGACUUGGUACCGAAGUAUCGGUUCUCGUGACAUCCCUAGUGGAUACAUGCAAUAAUUAUGGUUCCUUAAUUACAUCGCUAGCCUAUCGUUCUCUAGCUGCUUAAGGGUUUAUUUUGUCGAUUUGUAUUACUAAGGUGGUAAUUAAGUCCCACCAAUAGAGCAGGUUAAUAGCCAUACUACUUGCACAAAGAAGAACUUGGACAAUCUUGAUUUUAGUCGAUUUGAACUUGUAGACCAAGUUAGUUCUUGCUGUUUAACAAGACUCCCUUAGAGAGUACAUGUUACUUGUCAGAACUUAAAAAUAUUUCAAAUAAACGUCAUCCAGUGGAUAACAACGUUUUAAACAAAGUUACAACCAAAGCCGUAUUCCCAUCAUUUACAGUAGUAAAUGCCUUGACUGUUAAAUCUAUGUGUUAGUUUAAAAAAAUGUUAACAAAAUGAACAGCUGCUCAAGUUUUUAAUGCUGAGCCACUUUAAUGUUUUCAGUGGUGACAAUCGUACACACCAUAAAGGUGUAGGUAUUUAAAAUCCAGGCUACAAGUCAUAAUAGGAAGGUCACGUAUAUAUAGUAAUAGAGUUGGAGCGAGCAUACGGUUUGUUUUUAAACCAGUUUGGUUUAAAUGUAAGGGCCAGAUUCUUAGGGCCAGAAAUCCUGUUUAUGUUUAGGAAGCCUGACAAGCUUGUAUUGCAAAAGGAAGUACUGUUUGAGAUUGAAUCAUUUUAUGUUUUUAAGUUAAUGUAAUUGUCCUUUGUAUCAAAGUAUGAUUUGUGCCAAAAAACAUUCUGGAAGGUGUUUUUGGUGUGUGUCUGUGUGUGUGUGCAUGUGUGUGUGUGGUUAUCUGUAUUUACAGUCACACACAGUAGAUGGAGGAAGCGUGUAUGUGUAACAUAAACCUUUUUAAAAUGUGUUUGUGAUUGCAGCUUAUGUGGCUUGAAUUGUUUUCUUGUCUGAAACUUGAGUGAGAGAGCAAGUCUGGAUUCCCUAAUAUCUUCUCUGCAGGUUUUUGGCUUCUUGUAGGUUCUUGUUCGUAUACAAUGCCGUUCAAGCCUGUGGUGAAAAAGGGACGCAUCACUGUAUAUAUUCGAACAGUUUCUUUUUUUCUUUUCUUUUUUUCUUAAGUUGUGCAGUAUUUUGUAACCUGAACAUUGUAUUUUUCUACAGUGCAUUGUGAUAGAACAGGCCAUAGAAAGGGAAUCUCUACAAAUGGACUUUGAUGAAGUGAAACACUCGUUCUGUGGAGUAUAACAUCCACGUUUCUGCCCAUGUACGACUUUACUUAGUCUUUUUGUGUUGUCUGUGGUCAUAGUCUCUGUACUUCAGUUAUGUUACUCUAAGUGUUAUGAUACAUUUUAGUGAAAUAUGAGAAGAGCGAUAAGUGUGUGUUAGGUUUUUAGGUUUUUGUGUUUUUUGUUUUGUUUUUGUUUUUUCUGUCCCCUAAACCAAUUUUAACAUGACAUGCAAUGCUUUUCUGGUUCAUUGGGACCCGGACAAUAAAUGGGAUCCAGCACUGUUAAAAAUGUUGUUUAUCAAAAUUUCACAUUAUCACCAAUUAUUUGGUGUGGGAGAGAGUUUAACUUUUAAAAUGUUGAUCAAGGUGAGGCAGGAGCACAUGGAAUUGACCUAAAAAGAAUUGAUGAUGAUGAUGAUGGUGAUAAGGCACUGAACCAGAGACCGGUAGGAUUUACUGAUAUACAGAUACAUCAGUGAGAGAGAAACUGUGUGUGUGCGGGAGAGAGAGAAAGUACAGUAUGUAUGUGUAAUAUCUAUGUGCAGUGGAAUAUGUAGCAGAGUGAUAAAACAAUCUACAUAGAAACAUCUCGGAUCAUGAAAUCCAAAGUCCCCCAUCAUUUUGUUUUAAAGAAGAAGAACCUAUGUCUCACAGUCGCUGGGAUGGACAUGCUCGACCAAAACCUGUACUAGCCUUGGACAAAUAAUACAAGAAAGGCACUGAUUGUAGCACAUGUGGAUGCCCAGUAGUGGAAAGUAGCCCUUUAAAUUACAUUUGUGCCUCUGAGUAAUUGAAAUUAAAAUGCUGAAAUUUAUCUAGUG